GAAGAUUUUAAAAGAAAAAAACAGAAAAUAAAUAAAUAAAUACUUCGUUUUUCGAUUUAAGACUGGAAUAACAAGUGUCUUCAAGAAUUGCGUUGUCGAAACGCCGCGUUUCCUAGUAUAUACACUCCACCCACAAAGAGAGAGAUUCCGGUGGUUGAGCUCUAAUGGCGGAGAAGCCCCAACCUGUCCGCGUUCUGUAUUGCUCAGUUUGCAGUUUACCCGCAGAGUACUGCGAAUUCGGCCCCGAUUUCGCGAAAUGCAAGCCCUGGUUGAUCCAAAACGCCCCUGACCUGUACCCCGAUCUCAUCAAAGAGGCAAAUGCCAAAGAAGCUGAUAAGGUUGCCGACCAGUUACAAUCCACUGGUAUCUCAUCGGGCGGUGCUGCUGCUACUCCUUCAGGGAGUACUUCUGCUUCUAAAGAGGAAGAAGUGAAACGUCUUCCUGGUGGGAAGAUAAAGAAGAAAGAGAAGCAAGAAGUUGUUAUUGAAAAAGUCACACGUAACAAGAGGAAAUGUAUCACCACUGUGAAAGGGCUGGACCUGUUUGGUGUUAAACUUAGUGAUGCAUCAAAGAAACUUGGGAAAAAGUUUGCUACUGGAGCCUCUGUUGUUAAGGGUCCAACUGAGAAGGAGCAGAUUGAUGUGCAAGGAGACAUAGCCUAUGAUAUUGUGGACUUCAUUACAGAUACCUGGCCUGAUGUCCCAGAAACUGCAAUUUAUUUUAUUGAAGAUGGUAAAAAAGUCCCAGCAACUUGAUUCUGAAUUAUAGGUACAAUUAUACAAAUGGAUAUUGGGGUGUGGUGUCUUCCUCUUAGCAUGGCAUCGUCUGACCUCAAUGUAAUCUCAAGGUAAAGGGACUAGAGAGCAGAAUUUAAUCACUAAUGAAAUAUUUUGUUACUCUAUAAGAUCUCUUGUUUUCCUAAUUUCUGAAAGUAGAAAGUCUUCAAAACUAAUGGGUGCAAGUUGUACAGGGCAGUUUUCUGUGCUGUUUGCUUUUUUGUUUUUUUAAAUUUUUAUUUUUAAAGCUGAUGAAUUGAAUUUUUUAAGCAACGGUCUUUUCAUGGUA